AUGGCCACGCAGGGACACUCAGCAAAGUGCAGCUGCCAGGGAGGGCAGGCCAAGGCGCCUGGCGUCCUGCGUUUUUGCUUGGUUGGAUCAUGUAUUCCUCGCCUCUCUUUCCUGAAGACGAGGAGUGAUUUACAGGUCUCCAGAAAACACAGCUUGGCUGCUUCGGAAGGGAAAAACAAACCAACCAAACCCCCUCUCUGCUUGCUAUUUCACCUUCCCACGAAGGGGGGUGGCCCCAGGACCCGCCAGCCCUCGGUGUCCCCGCCAGCCCUUGGCGUCCCCAGCAACUCUCCGCUUUCUGCAAAGAGCAACGUUCCCAGGAGAUGUGGGUCCCUCUUUCAAGAUGUUCCCACCUUGAGCUGUCUUCUCUGGGAAGCUCACAUAUCCUCUCUGCCGUACCACCACCAAGGGGGAUACACCCCGCUGUCGCCCGCCUCGCAGUACACACCCAUGCACCCUGCUUAUGCCCCCCAAGGGGACAACGUCUACCUGAUGCCGGUCCCCAACAAGGGACAGCAGAGUCUGUACCCGGGCUCGGCAUCCACCGGACAGUUUCCUCCUGCCCCGGCUAAACAGCCACCCACCUUCCCGAAGCAGGCACCUCCCCACACCUUCCCCAGCCCCGGCCAGGAGAUCUACCAGGUGCCCCCCUCCCUGGGCCAGGCAGCAGAGGCGUACCCCGGGGGUUCUGCCAGUCCUCCCCAGGAUGUCUACCAGGUUCCUCCCUCAGCUGGUCAGGCUCAAGAAAUCUACCAGGUGCCCCCGUCGCUGGACAUGAGGAGCUGGGAAGGGCACAAGCCCCAGGGAAAGGUGCUGGUGCCCACCCGCAUGGGGCAGGUGUAUGUCUAUGACUCCCCCAAGGGUGAGCAGGUUGAGUAUGAUUUCCCUCGCCACCUCAUCUCCACGGGCUCCCAGGAGAUCUACGACGUGCCACCUGUCCGAGGGGGGGUCCCGAACCAGUUCAGCCAGGAGGUCUAUGACACACCCCCCAUGGCAGUGAAGGGUCCCAAUGGGCAGGACCCAGGGCAGGAGAUCUACGAUGUGCCUCCCAGCGUGGAGAAGAACCUGCCCCAAACUGCCCUGGCACGGCACGGCCAAGCGCUGGACGCUUGCCACUGGGCCCCCAGUGCGCUGGCCAGCAGCAAGCCGGGCGCGGAUGACUUGGAGCACUUCAUCAUGCACUCACGUGGUGUCCCUGAUGACACCAAGCAGUUGGCUUCCUUCCUGCAUGGCAAUGCCUCCCUCCUCUUCAAACGGACAAAGCCGGUGGCGGAGAGCGGUGGCCAUGGGCCCCCUCACCCCUCCGACAAAGCCAGCAGCAUCCAGUCCCGGCCCCUGCCCUCCCCGCCCAAGCUACUGGCCCAGGAGUCGCCCGACGGGCCCUACGAGAACAGUGAGAGUGGCUGGAUGGAGGACUACGACUAUGUCCAUCUCCAGGGCAAGGAGGAGUUUGAGAAGACCCAGAAGGAGCUGCUGGAGAAAGGCAAUAUCAUCCGACAGAGCAAGGACCAGCUGGAGCACCAGCAGCUGAAGCAGUUUGAGCGGCUGGAGCAGGAGGUGUCGCGCCCCAUCGACAAUGACCUGUCCAACUGGAGCCCCUCCCAGCACUACGGCCCGGCGCGGGGCAGCGGGGCCCUGUGUCCUGCCGACCGCCAGCUCCUCCUCUUCUACCUGGAGCAGUGCGAGGCCAACCUUACCACGUUCACCAACGCUGUUGACGCCUUCUUCACCGCCGUCAGCACCAACCAACCCCCCAAGAUCUUCGUGGCCCACAGCAAGUUCGUCAUCCUCAGCGCCCACAAGCUCGUCUUCAUUGGGGACACACUGUCCCGCCAGGCCAAGGCCCAGGAUGUCCAGCACAAGGUGAUGCACUACAGCAACCUCCUCUGUGAGAUGCUCAAGGAGAUCGUGGCGACCACCAAGGCGGCCGCCCUCCACUACCCUUCUCCUACCGCGUCCAAGGACAUGGUGGAGCGCGUCAAGGAACUCGCCAACAGCACGCAGCAGUUCAGGAUGGUGCUGGGCCAGCUGGCAGCCAUGUGAUGGCCUCAGGGCCACUGUCCCCUCUCUCUGGCCCCCACCCCUCCCCAGACAUGUGUUCCCCUCCAUGGGAGUCCUCUCCACCUGGUGUAAGCGGACAUGUACAUAGAGACUCAUGCACACCGGGGGGCUGGGGCUCCAUGGGGAGGGGAGUGAUGGGCUGCAGCCAUCAUCUCCUUCCCUCUUCUUCCCUCUCGCCGGAGGCCAGGAAUGGUUUCAGAGCUGUGCCCGUAAUGAAGCAAAGCUGGGAGGUGCAUCUAUGCCCUAUCCUUC